AUGGCGAAGGUAGAUGAGAUUAAAAAGUUAUUAGAAUUGGGUGAAAUCAAAUCGGGAAAAGGACAAAAUCAGGUUGGGACAUUACGAAGGGCUGGUGAUGCACGUUGGGGUCCUCAUUUUAAAUCUAUUUGUAGUUUGGUUAACAUGUUUGAUGUCACCCGUGCUGUUCUUAAGGGAAUAAUUGAAGAUACGUCUCAUGCUACUGGUUCUCAACGUGGAGAUGCUAAUAUAGCUUACAGUUACUUGCAAUCAUUUGAAUUUGUGCUUGUUCUUCACUUGAUGAAAGAAGUAAUGAGUAAAACGGAAACACUUAGUCAAGCAUUACAAAAGAAAUCCCAAGACAUCCUUAAUGCAAUGGAGUUAGUUUCUGCAACAAAGGUUAGUCUAACUAAUUUUAGAAACACUGGAUGGGAUUCUUUACUUGAAAAGGUUCAGUUUUUUUGUGAAAGGCAUGACAUAGAUAUGCCUGAUAUGAGUUCUCCAUAUACUUCUACUCGGUAUCGGCCUCGUAAAAAAGAUCUUCAUGUUACAUUUGAACAUUAUUACCGGGUAGAUUUGUUUACAGAGACAUUGGACAAACAACUACAUGAGCUGAAUAGUAGAUUCAAUGAGCAAGCGACAGAGUUGUUAUCUCUUAGUGCGUCUUUAUGUUCAAAAAAGAUUAAUAUUGAUCAGAUUGUUCUUCUGGUUGAGAAGUAUUAUCCUAACGAUUUUACAGAGAAAGAAAGGAAUCUAUUACGUGGUCAAUUGGAUAAUUUUCAAGUUGAAAGAAAAAAUAAUCCCAAGCUAAGUGAGGUAUCAACUCUUUCUGAUUUUUGCAAAACUCUUGUGCAAUGUCAGAAAAAUAACACGUACAAAUUGGUUGAAAAAGUGUGUCGGCUAAUCUUGACGCUUCCAGUUUCGACUGCAACAACGGAAAGAGGAUUUUCAGCGAUGAAAAUAUUUAAGACUCGACUUCGCAAUAAGAUGUCAGAUCAGUAUCUAGCAAACAGUAUGGUGAUUUACAUAGAAAAGGAGAUUGCUGAGAGCUUUGAUUCGGAGUCCAUAAUUGACGAAUUCAAAAAUCUUAAAGGAAGACGCGCAGAACUAUAA